AUGAUGAACCUAGAGUUGCACGUGUCAUUUCCUUUGUUCAGCAUCUCCACCUUCCUCCUCAACCCGUCUGCUCUUUUACAGUCUGGUCAGCCUGCCAAUUUAGUGGAGCCAGACUAUGCCCACAACGGCGACGAGAUGCACACAGCUUCGCAGGAUGACGACCGACCUUCCAAUAGAUUUUACAGAUUCCUUACAAGUUCUCGUUCUCGCUCUAGGUCAAAGCAGUCUUCGUCACAUAAAGUUCAAUCACACACAUCCGAGUUAACCCAUAAUCUCCCCUCGGAAUCUCAUUCAAGGGAAUCAACCUGGUCAAGUCGGACUUCAGAUCGUGGGCGCUCGUCAAAUAGAUCGAACGGGAAACCAUUUACUAUCUUACCUUCCCGGCCAUUGUCCUCUACAACAACCGCAACAAAUACCACAAUCACCCCUUCUACCCCAAAAGGCAAGAAACGUAUGGCUCCGCCAGCGUCGACAGCACCAUCUUCGUCUCAUGCUGAAGCUUUGCAGGAGAAUUCCGACCUAUUGUCGACGUCGGCAGACCCUACACCAAACAGCCGUGCUAGUGCAAGAAGAAAGCUUCGCAACAUUUUUGGCAUACAUUCUCGAAAACCUUCCAUUAGCAGCCCGCGAGCUCCCAGUCCAACCAUGUCCCGUAGUCUAUCGAUAAAUCGCGGAGAAAGGCCCCCGGUGCCCCCCCGCUCCGACACGUUCACCUCUCACGACUCAUCAAAUUUUACAAGGACGCAGUCUCCCGAUCCGAUUUCCUCCUCACGCCCACAGAGCCCUUCGCCGAUUCCCCAAUCACAUCCUGAUCCUCUGACCUCAUCUGUUUCAACGACUGCCUCUUCCGCUUCAAAAAUCGACCAUCUCACCAAAUUCUUCUCCGCUGGGCCCCGCUCAAAACCGCUUCUCAACCCGCAUCGAUCAUCUACCACCUCCCUAUCUACGUCACCGUCAUCAUCCGAUUCCAUUCUUCCUACUGUUUCAGGUCCAACAAAACACAAACGUGCCUCCACCGGCACGUCAGAUUCCAGCGCUUUGUCGAAUAGACGGACUACGCCCGGUCAUUCACAGCCUAGAAAUGCCUCCUCCCCAUUCAGAGCGAUGGCAAUCAGCGAGGGAAGCGGAGUCAAUGGUACGGCACCGAGGAUUCCCCAAACAGGUCCCACCAGCAGUCUUCCCCGGUCCGCCACGACAUCUACACGGAUGAGCCACAGAAAAGACUCAGUGGACUCAACACAUCGAUAUCGGCCUCUGGUGAUUGUUGACGAGGAGAAUGAAAAGGAAUCGCCUAUUGAAAGUCCUAAAGGAAAGGGAAGAGAGCUUGAUCCUAGCUCAAGCCGAGCAGGCAAGCGCCGCGGUAGUGAAUCGUCCGAUUCUCGAACUGCAAGUAGAAGCAGGAAUAGAGGACAUGCACACCAAUCCGCGAAAUCUCCUAAACAAGUCAACAUCCGUACUACUAAACACCCUUCGUUUGAUUUCGAAAGACCCAACUGGGGUACUGGAGGCUUAUUGACGAGGAGUUUGAGCGGGCACGGUCAAAGAGAGAAAGCCAAUGGGAGUGAUGAGAGUUGGGCGAAUGGUAAUGGUAGGAUGAAAGGUGGCGAAUCUGACCGAAGGAGAAACGUUGAUAACACGCCAACACCCGGGAAGGGCCACACUUCUAGUCUCGGGAAAAAUGCGGGUAAACGAGCUCUAGGUGUCGGUGUGAGUCGACUGGUUGGCCUUGCUCAUGGUCCAUUCUCGUUUGAACCUGCCGUGCCUUCGCCGACUUUUAGUCUGAAGGAAACGAAUACACCUCUUGGUGGGGUGGAAAGUGAAAUGGAAACUGGGCGGAAGGACAAUAAAGACAAGCGAAAAGGGGAGAAAGGCACUGCAAUCAAGGGGGGGGACUUAUCUCGGUCCACAUCCGUUAGAAGCAAAGUCACCGAACCCGAUUCCAUUCUAACCUCGUCCACUUCUGGAGGUUAUUCCCGUUCAACGGGACGCGGUCGGUCUUUGGACUUGGGAUUGGGACUAUCUUGGGCACCGACAAAGGUUCGAGAGGACGUGCUUUUACCUGCGGGCACUUUUGCGACGAGACAAAGUCACAGCGCGUCCUCCAGGAAGACACUUCACCGACAUGUAGAAUUCGAGGAGAGAGAGCGGACGAAGGUUGGACAGGAGAUUGCAGAGAUAUUCAAGGAAGUUUUGGACGAAAACGCCUUUAUUGCGUUCAAACAUUACGUCCAUCAAUUCGAUGCUCACGAAAUACCCUUCGACGGUCCCACCGGUAUCGUUGCUAGAACCGAGAGGUUGUUGAACAAAGCGUCCACCCUCGGACCUGAAGACCAGCGGAACUUGACGAACAAACUCAUUCGGGUUAUCUUGCACAACGUCUAGUCCCAGUGAGUCGGAAAGUUUCUUCGCCCCCUGUUGCAUCUCUUGCUCGCUCCUGUGUUCCUUUCUUGUUAUCUUAUAUACUCCAUUUGCACCAACUCUUGUACCCUUACAAUAUAGAUUCAUUUCUUCCACUUCUUCUAAUUAUCUCUACUUCACAUUAUUCAUAUCUCUAUAGUAGCCAUACUUACGUUCGCCAU